AGUUCACUUCCAACUUGUAGCUUUAUCCGUUUGUUUGGUCCAUUUCAUUUUUUGGUGCCCUUUUCAUUUCUUAUGGUCAGUCUGUAAAGAUUGUAGAGAUGACGUUUCCGAUACCGAUUCAGAUUAUGAUGAUUAUUUUUAUGACGAUGAUGACGAUGAUGAACUUGACCAAAGUCCCAUGUUUGUGAGGGUUUUCCUAUAUGACACAAACUUCGAUUUACAAUUAAAGAAAACACGUGAUGCAGAAGGCCAAGCUGCUAUAAGAGCAUCGGGAAAACUCGAAGUGACAGAUGAAGACAAGUUUACGUUGCUCCAGAGGAAGAUAAAACGGCAAAAACAGACCAUUAAAGAAAUCCAUGACCAUACCUCAAAGAUUUUGUCAGAGAUAAGAGAGAUGAAAAGAGAUAAAAAGCCCUCAACUGACUCAACAUCAUCAGAUGAAUCGGAGGAAUCGGAUGAAAUCUACGGUAAUUUUUUCCAUGUUUCCUACAGUACUGACCAGACUCAACUUCAUAGACGUGCUAAACUAGGGUCUGCUUCGCUUUCGCUAAGAGUCAGAUAUUUUAGAAUUUGGGUACGCACUGGGUCACUGCGUUCGCCUGAAGUCAGCUCUGGUUGUAUUAUUUACAUGUCGCGAACCCAAU